GAGAAGUUUGUUUUGUUUUUGAUCUGUUGAAUGCUUCCUUUCACUUACAAAAGAAGAAGCAGUGAGAUCAGGCUGAAUCACACAGAAAGGCAUUUGGCAGGCAGAACGUUUUAUACAAGACUGUACUUCCUGCUCUGCCAGUCGCACUGGAUCUACCCGAGAGCUGCACCAUGGCUCCCUGCUGACAGCCCAGUAACAAGCUUGUGUGAAAACCUGCAGUCUACUAUGAUUGUUUAAUCUCUCUAGAGUUUGAGCUCUGAAAAGACGGAUGUAGCAAUGGCUGAACUUAUCCUGCUACUUACCACCAUUGCCUCUGUGCUCAUUGCUGCACAUUGUGUAGAACACCAACUUAAGGAUCAGGAAUUUGUUUCUAACUACUCAUACAAGUCACUGAUUUCUGUCCCUAACAAUGUGUCUGUAGAGACAACUGUGCUGGAUCUGUCACAUAAUAAUAUCACAAACCUGGAAUCAACCGAUCUCAACUAUCUCUUGCGUCUCAAAGUUCUCAAUAUUUCAUAUAAUCUACUCGCUGAACUGAACAAAGACAUAUUUGACUCCAGCAAACGCUUGGAACAUUUGGAUUUAUCCUACAACAAGCUUGAGAAUGUCUCUUGCACAUUUCCAGACGACCUUCGGUAUUUGGACAUUUCAUACAAUUAUUUCACAACAUUGGCUGUGUGUAAAGGUUUGGGAAAUCUGUUAAAACUGGAGUACUUAGGGUUUGGUGCACAGCAAAUACUGCAAUCGGAUAUUGAAGCAAUCUCUUCGCUAAAACUACAACGUGUGUUCCUCAAUUUGGAUAAUCUAACCUAUUACCAAAAUGGCAGCUUACUCAUGCUGAAUACAAAGUACCUUCACCUUGCCUCUCUGUCUAAGAAAAAUGAUAUUUUAAAUUUGCUUUUUGAUGCCGUGAAUGUAUCUGAAUCUUUGGAACUGUCCAACUGUGCCAAUGUUUUUUAUAUAGAAACAAGCUAUAUAACAGCAAUAGCUCGUAAUUCCAGAGUCACCAGUUUCUAUUUGAAUCGCCUUUCUCUAUUAUGGAAUAUAAUUAUCUUAAUUCUUCAGGCUAUAUGGCAAUCACCUGUUGAGAAGUUCCACCUUUCGGAGUUUACAAUGCUAGGAAAAAUCAACGAAGUUCCAUUUGACUAUUCCAACUCUUCCAUGAAAGAGCUUCACUUGCACAAUAUUCAAAGUAAAGUGUUUUUGUUUGACCAGACUAUAUUGUACAGAUUGUUUUCUGAAAUGAACAUCGAAGUCCUGACCAUAACUUCAGCCAAUUUUCUGUUCAUGGAGUGUCCUUUAAAACCUAGCAGCUUCCAGUACUUGGAUUUCACCGGUAAUGCUAUGCCGGAUGAUGUCUUUCAAAACUGUGAAACGCUGAUUAAACUGAGAACUUUGAUAAUGGCAGACAAUAAACUGCAAAAACUAGCCAAGGUCAGCUCCAUGACCAACAAAAUGAUAGCCUUGCAGCAUCUUGACGUUAGCAGGAACCAGCUUGAUUACAACGAAGAGGAAUGCAGCUGGUCGCAGAGUAUAACGAAGAUGAAUUUGGCUUUUUGUUCUUUGAGCAAUUCUGUUUUUAAAUGUUUGCCAAAGAAUAUUACCUGGCUGAAUUUGUCUAAAAAUGACAUAGCAUUUGUGCCAUUGGAUAUAACCCAUUUUGAAAAAUUAGAAUAUCUUAACCUUGCGAAUAAUCGAUUCUUUGAUCUACCAGACUGCACAUUUUUACCCCAUCUAAUAGUGCUCCAGGUUGAAAAUAAUCAAAUUCCUUAUCCAACCACUGAAUUAAUUCAUAGAAGUAGCAAUGUCUCCAGGAUAAACAUGGGGCGCAACCCAUUCCAUUGUUUUUGUGAGAUAAGAAUGUUCAUUGGUGAAGUGAAGAAAUCCCCUGGGAAAAUGAUUGGCUGGCCAGAAAAGUAUGUUUGUGAACACCCAGACAACCUUAACGGGGUCAUGUUGGCUGACUUCUACAUGCCUGAAAUAUACUGUAACAUCUUUAUACUGGUCCCAGUUAUAGUUGUGCCAAUAAUCCUUGCUCUUGUUCUGUUGUUUAUUAUAUGCAAAUAUUGUGACGUUCCAUGGUACUUAAAAAUGAUUUUGCAGUGGACACAGACAAAGCGCAGGACUAGGACAUCCAAAAGUGACUACUGGGAACUCGGGAGAGAUUUUGACUUCCAUGCUUUUGUUUCCUAUAGUGAACACGAUGCAUCUUGGGUUAAGGAAAUAAUGUUGCCAAGUAUAGAGAAGAUGGACAACUCCAUACGGAUCUGUCAGCACGAGAGAAAUUUCUUGCCUGGAAGACCCAUUGUUGAAAACAUUAUUAAUUGCAUUGAGAAGAGCUACAAAUCCAUCUUUGUUUUAUCUCCUCAUUUUGUUCAGAGUGAGUGGUGUCAUUAUGAACUCUAUUUCGCUCAUCAACAACUGUUUACCGAAAAGACAGACAACCUCAUUUUAAUUCUGUUGGAACAAAUCCCUCAGUACAUCAUCCCUUCAAAGUACUCAAGGCUGAAAUCACUUAUGGCAAAAAGAACAUAUCUGGAAUGGCCAAAGGAGAAAAGCAAGCACGGUCUUUUCUGGGCUAAUGUCCGAGCAGCUAUUAGCAUCAACUUGUCGGAUCUGCAUCGUGAAAUUUCACACAAUGAGUCCCAGGCUCUCCUAAAUGAUCAGGAAGAUACCAACUCUGAGUCCGUGUCUGUCCCAAGUGAGAGUACAAAAGAAGAUAAUCUGUCUGGGCACUGAGGGCCAGAUCCACAGCCAGCGGGCUUAACUUGAAUCUUCCUAUUUAAGUUACACCGCCGCAAAAUUUCUA